AUGCGUAUGCUGGGCCAAUAUCCUAGCCGAAAAUCUUUGAAACCGGGUAUAUCCGGAGCCUUGUUCCCAGAGAUCAGAGCAUUUUCGUCGGAUCCUCAAUUGCCUAUCUCUGUUCCUUUCAUGGUGCAGCACCAUAUUAUGGUCGCCGCCCAAAGCCUAGCCGAGGCAGUCUGCUUUGCUCUUGGCCAGAGUUACCUACCUGAUCUCCUCCGAAAGCGAAAUUGGGACUGUCCCGAGGCUGCUAGCCUACCGACCUGGCUCGACGCCAUCAACGACUAUCCUGACGGCUCGACUCAGCUGGCCUUUGAUCUCGACAAGACGCACAUUCAAUCAAUGCUUAUUCUGCAAAAGACAGUCGCGGAGCGUAGCCCCGUGUCCUACGGCCGCCUGAAGCAAGGCGUCGCAGCCGUCGCAAUGCUCGUUGGGCCGCUGAGCCACGGCAUGUUUGAGCUCAUCGUGCCAUAUUUACGGAAACUGCACAGUGUCUUAGGAAGUCUUCCUACUCAUGUCAAUGCACUUUCAAGGAUUGCUGGUUGGCAACUGGCUGAGCUCCACGACACCAUGGCCGAGAUUCACAGAAGGAGGGCGGCGCUCGAUGCUGAGGCGGCAGCAGCCCAGCAGCAUGCCAAGGACGCCAUAGCAAAGUACGAAGCUAAAUGGGACGCCGAUUACAGAGCGUUAUUCAAUGCUCAAUAG